AGUUACAUAGAGUACAACGGAUGUGGCUUACUCUUAGCACGAGAGUGGAAAACGACGUGUGCUGAGGCGUUUUAUAUUUGCUAGUAGUUUAGAAUCAGUAAGGCUUAUAUAAUGUCUCGUUAUUUGCGACCGCCAAAUACCUCUCUUUUUGUUCGCAAUGUAGCUGAUGAUAUAAGGGCUGAGGAUUUGCGUCGUGAAUUUGGUCGUUAUGGACCAAUUGUAGAUGUGUACGUGCCCCUUGACUACUACACUCGUCGACCAAGAGGAUUUGCAUACAUUCAAUUUGAAGAUGUUCGUGAUGCGGAAGAUGCCCUUCACAAUUUGGACAGAAGAUGGAUCUGUGGUCGACAAAUUGAAAUUCAGUUUGCACAAGGUGAUCGAAAAACACCUAAUCAGAUGAAAUCUAAAGAAGUGAGAGGUUCAUGGGGUGGUUCUCGCUAUGAUGACCGUUAUGAUGACCGGUAUGAUGAUCGCUGUGAUGAUUAUGAUCGGUACAGAAGGUCCAGAAGCCGGAGUUAUGAAAGGAGGAGGUCUAGAAGUCGCUCAUAUGAACGGAGGAGGUCUUACAGUCCCAGAUACAGUAGGUCCAGUGGAAGGCGAAGACGCAGCAGAAGUCGUUCUCCAUAUGAUAGGUCCAGAUAAAUGACGGAGGCACUGAUGAUUACUAUUUAUUCAGCAUGGUUAUCACCAUAAAUUGAAACAUUCCGCCUAACUCCAUCACAUUGAGUACAGCAGGAGACAUAAUUUGUUUCCACUUUCUAAAAUUAGUUUCCAAGUACAGUAAUCAAACCUUGGCCAUACUGUAACUUGUAUGCUCAUAAUGCGAAAUGUUUUGAACUUGGACAUCAUGAACAGUUUGUGGAAACCUUUUCUCUAAUGCUGUGUUUGUGUUUUCCAGAAUACAUACAUAUACAUUUUUAAAGUUAGUUUCACAAAGAUAACAUUUACUGUCGAAGCAGUAGUAAACGUUUAACACAGCAUUGUUAGAGUUGCUUAAAAGAUGCUCAUUUUGCUGUGCUUGAAACUUUUAAACUGUUUAACCUUGGUAAAUGUAUUAGUAUCCUGUCCACAGAUGUUGACGUGAUAAUCCAUAAUGAUCAGUGCAGCUUUGUUUUUUUCUGCUACUGUUCAAGGCCACCAGUGCUCUGGUGGUUUCUUCAGUAAUAAAUCUAGAUAUACAUGUGUAUUAGAGACUGAAAUUCAUGUUUUGAGGGCUUUUGUAAAAGUUGCAGUAAAUGGUAUUCAGAAGUACAGACACAGCCUCUGAGAAAUGGACUUUUACAAAAGAUGCAUAAUCUGCAUACCUGAAUUAAAUUUUGUAUUGUACAGUUUAUAUUUUAGCAGUCUGUGGUUAUUGCUCAGAAUUUGCUAUGCAGUUGAUAUGAGCAUGUCUGCACUUCUUUUCAUUUGCUGUCUCAAGAAGAGGGAUUUUGAUUAUUAUGGUUUGUUUUUAUAAUUGUAGAUCUCAAAUGUCAGUAAAGACAAAGUAGGAGUUUUCUUUUUGUGUAGAUUGGUGUUUUAUACAUUUAUUACUUUGUGAAGUUUUCAAUGAAAGUAUUACCUUGGAAAGCAGCCAUCUCAGUGUAAAGACAUUUACUGCGUCUUGCUUUUUAAUAGUUGAGCAAACUAUGCUGCAAUAAAAAAAUGAAAAUGAA